AAUCAAAAACUCGGAAUUGGAGAAGAUGGAGAGGACUACGUUUCUAGUCCGUUACAAGCAGAAUCAGAACACGAGCUUCUACCUUUGCCGCCACUGCCAAACUCACCUAGCCCUGCAUCACGAACUGCUUCACAAGUAUGCAGCUAAUCAGCAUGCACUCUUCCAAAAUCUGGUUAAUGUGGGGUUGGGUGCAAACUACAAGAUAGUAAGUGGUCAAACCGGAGCGCCAGUUUCUUGCAUCAACUGUGGCUCAAAUUUGGGAUCCAAAUUUAUUUCUUUGAGUAUUGAGACAUCUGCUAUCAAGGCUGGAAGAUUCAUGAUAGAUAUGACGAAGCUCUUGUUUUGGAAAGGAAAUCAGAUGCUAUGUGCAGAUACAGAGCAACCAGUUCAGGAUGUGUGAAUCUAAGCCAUUUUGAAUCAAGAUUAUGAUCAGAAUCAAGAUUUAUUUAUGAUGCUUCUCUAGUUGAGCAAUUUUAUUACUCAUUUUGUAAUAAUCUGCAAUAACUUUGGCAGAUAUCAAAUAACCUAAUUUAGCAUCAUUGUGCAUGUUUUGUGCAAUAGAAAAAUAAAAUACGAAACUGAAACACGAAAACUUGGUCUG